AGUACCUAUUAAAUUAUUUCCUUAUUGAACAGGAUAUUGUUCAUAGUUUGAGAGAGCAGAUUAGUGAUUAUCGAUACCGGUAGUUUUUUGAUUACUUUAUGUAAAUUAAAAGCUCGUUACUGCGAUAAUUCAGUUCUUCCCAAUCCAAGUUUGCCAUUAUAUUUGCAUCAUUCACUUGCACUACAAAAGGAUGUAAUCAACCAAUUUUCGAGGAUAUAGGUAUUAGGGAAGUGGCAAAUAUUUGAUUCUAGAUUACUUCAGCGAAUUAAAUGUGAAUUAUUGUAACAAAAUCAGUAUUAGAUAUGAUUUUUCAUGGAUAUAGUGGCAGUUUUGAAUAAAACUUGACACAAGGAUGACAGCCUUACUGUGGGGCUGUUUAGGCCUAGUGACGUUUUCAUUCUUUUUGAUUGAUAGCUGCUCUGGAGCUUGUGAAGGCUACUCUCUUCACGAUGUGAAAGUAAAAGCGUGUGAGGGAACAGGUGAUGACCUGAUAAAUGUCACCAACUAUAAAGUGAAUUUGACUUCAAAUUGUCGAGUAAUUCCAACUGGAUGUAUUCAAAUUCUCAAGGACAUUGAAAAGUUCUCAAUUGAUUAUGAAUUGAACAAGAAUGGAAUCACUCUAAAGCAAGGAAAAAUAAAGAACGGCUGCUACCGUUUGGAGAACUCUGACAAUGACAUUCAGCUGAUCCUAGAUGCAUUCAAUUUCAUCGGCAAAUGUCCUGUCAAAGCGGGGAAAAGCUGUGCCGAUCGUGGAAAAUCGAUCAAUAUCCAAAAACACAGCAUGGUACUGCCGGCUGCAUUGGGGAAAAUUAGUGGGAAAAUCUCACUGAAAACCAACGUGGGAAAUGCUUGCUUUGAAUAUGAAGUGAAUAUUUCCUUCAACGGCAUGCAGGCUGGGAAAUCUGUUAUUGGGAGACUGCCCAAGAUCGGAAAAUGAGUAGACGAUUUUCCAGAUUUCCUCAGAAAACUACCGUAGAUGAUUCGCUAGAUUAUACUGUAAUUCCUGUACGUAUAAGUGGAAAAGGAAUAAAUAAAAUUAUUCAUGGAUAAUUA